ACUGAAUAGAGGGGUGUCCUUGCUUUUGUCUUAUACAAGAAGUUGGAAGAAGAGGCCUACCAAGAUGCCGGAGGGUGGCAGUAUAUCGGAUGACGCCGGAAGGGUCCUGACCAUCAAGGACCUCAUCGCAGCCCUAGAUCGACAUGAGAAGACCCCGAGUAACGUUCCGAAGGUUGAGACCUUUCAUUUCAAUGGGGAAAGGGUCUCAGAUUGGCUAGAUCUGGUGGAGCAGGCAAUGGUGGGAUUGUCGGAUGAGGUGAAAUUUCAGCGCAUUAUGAGGUACGUGCUCCAUGGGCACCAUCAGGAGGUGCAGAAGGUUGUGGAUGCCGCCAAUGGCAGUUGGGCAAGGUUUAGGGAGAGCAUGCUGCGCAAGUAUCGGUUGGGUGAUAGGUUGCUUACCAUCUCGGACCUUGAGGCGGUGAACAAGGACGACUUUACCACGAUAGGGGCCUUCGUACAAGAGUUUAAGAAGAAGGCAAGGAAAGUCCACGGAAUCUCUGAGGAAAGGCAGUGCGCCAUCUUUUUGGGACUGCUCACUGCGUCAGAGGCAGCCGAAUUGACGAGUCAUGGAGGAGGCAGCGCAAAACUUACUUGGGCCACCAUCGACAGAGGAGUGGAGGAUGGGAGUUUAGACCAGGUAGAGCAGCAUCAGAUGCGCUUGCAAAGAAGGAAAAGGAAGGAGAGAGACGCUACUGCAUCAGGGACCCCGGGAGUAAAGAGGAUCGUCACUGAUGUACUUGCGGUGUUAGGCUACGACCAGGAUGCCGAGGCGCAAAAAAAGGUGGUAGCCGUGGUCCAAGGCCGAGGAAAGGAGGUGGGGGGAUGAGGGCGCUAGGCAGGAGGAUUACAGCGGGGAGGAGACGGGAUCGCAGAUCCUUACCAAGGCCCAACGGAAGCAACGCAAUUUAUUGCUGGGUGGCCAAGGGUUUGGCAAAGGGCAGGUCCCCCAGGCAGUUGCCGCAUCGCGAGCAGCCGCCGUAACCGCGCCCGUAUCGGCAGGGCCGGCACCAAUGGGGCCGCCUCCGGCCUCCCGACAAUGGGUACCGUACUGCCAAGCGGCACCCUGGCCCAGCUGUAGUCAUUGCACCUCGUGUGGAGGGAGCCAAGCCCAUACUGGACAGACGGCUCCGUUCUCAGAUAUAGGCCAUGCAUUUGGCCAUCUCCUCGUCUGCGACGCUCCUGAGGUAAAGCUCCUCCGCAAGAAUGAUGUCGCCUGAAGCUCCAAUCAAUAUCUCAAUACGUC